AAACCCGGAAUCCAAACUCGGCGGGUAACCCGAAAUCUUUGCAGCAAGGUUUCCGAUUGAUGAAAAUUGGUAUCAACUAAUCUGAGCUCGAUGGGGGAGGCAGCCAUGAAAAUUGAAGAUUGACUCGGUCUGUAUCAAAAAUCGAUCAUCCACAAUCCACAAUUUGCCUGCGAGUGAAUGGAGCCUCCUUCUUUCCAAGAAGCUCCGCGCUGCGACGUCUGCAAAUGCAGCUUCAACGCUUUCAGGCGACGGCAUCAUUGCCGAUCAUGUGGGCGGACAUUGUGCCACGAACACUCGGCAAACCAAACGGCUUUGCCACAGUUUGGCAUUUAUUCACCCGUUAGAGUUUGCAGUGAAUGUUUCAAUGACUGCUCUCGAACUACCAAAGGUGACGGACAAGCUUCUUCAGAUGGAGUUGAUGGUGUAACAGCUUCAGUUUCUAGAUUGGACAUUGAUGCAGAUGUAGAUUCAAAGGCUGAACCAACUGUACAGUAUCAGCCUGUGUCAGCCAAUUCAGACUGCAAGUGUGGAAUGCCUUUAUGUAUUUGUGAAGCGCCAGCGCCAUCCGUGGAUGCAGCUCCCUUACAGAGCAAAACCAUAUCCACCUCUGCCCCUCGGCCGACUCCAAAACCGAAGAAGACAGAAACUACUUUAAAACCCAAAGCUUCCACGUCUAAUAGCAAGCAGAGUUCUGUCUUCAAUCUUGGCCAAGCAAACAAUGGAAUUUCUGAUAAAACCCAGACAGAUUAUGAAGCCAGUGGGGAGGGUAUGAGAGAAGCUAUAAAGAAUAGUGACGUUGCUGCCGUCAAGAAGCUUCUGAGUGAGGGUGUUGAUGCGAAUUACCAUGACAAGCAAGGACUUUCUUUGCUACAUUUAGCUGCAGUCUUUAAUCAGACUGAGAUAGUUUUUGCCCUCAUGGACGGUGGAGCACGCCUGGACUACAAGAAUGCACAGGGGGAAACACCAUUGGACUGUGCUCCCGCCACGCUCCAGUACAAAAUGCGACAGAAGAUGGAAGAAGAUAAAAGAGCGUGAGAACUGCAAGUCUGCGGCUAAGCUAUUGAGCAUCCAAAGACUGAUGUAUAACCAUUUUUAAGAUACGUGUGCAACUCAUUUGUUUCCGCUCGAGAAGAUUUUUUGAGAAACUACCUUAUGGGUUUCUGUUAUAUAUGACACAUUUGGCAAAGGACAAGCAACGCUACAUUUUUUGAGUGUCAAUAAGAGUUUGCUCCGAUAGCAUUGGAAAUAUCAUAUCAUCUUCUGUUUGUGAUUGGGACACUAUUACCUUAUCCUGGAUUUUGAUGCGAAUUAUGCAAUAAAGUUUAUGCUUUUGUGGGUUU